GGCGCUCGGGGCCGCUGUACAAAUAGGGCGGCUGCGGGUGGCCCGGGCAGACAUGCGGGUCCCGCUCCGCUCCGUGCCCGCGCUGGCGCUCUGCGCCCUAACCCUGCUCUGCCAGGACUGCGCUCCGACCCGGGCACUCACCUGGGCACCGACAGGAGCACCGACCCGGGCACCGACCGGAGUAUCCACCCGGGCACUCACCUGGGCACCGACCGGAGCCCCCAGCCGGGCUCCCAUCCGCGUCCCUCCGCGCUGUCCCCCGCUGAUGCUGCAGCUGCUCCGCGCCCCUCCCGCCCGCCCCCCGCUCCGCGCCGCCGCCGCCGCCGCUCUGAGCCUCUCCCCGCACGGCUCGCAGCAGAACGGCUCCCACUGGGCGCUCUCCUUCGACAUGUCGUCCCUGUCCAGCAGCCAGGAGGUGAGUCUGGCUCAGCUCCGUGUCCGCCUGCCCGGCCUCUCCCGUGCCCACAACGUGUCCCUGGACAUCUACCACAGCCAGAGGAGCAGGUGCCGGGGAGAUGCGACCUGCGCCCAUCAGCUCUUCCUGGGCACCGUGGCCGGCAGCCCCGCUGCCACCCAGGCUUCCUGGAAAGUCUUUGAGGUCACCAACCUGAUGCGGUCCUGGCUGCACCAAGCCGUGGUCCCUGGGCACGCCAGUGACACGGGAAGGGCGCAGUGGGACGUGAGUGGCUCGGUUGCCCCGGCCACCCCCGGCCACGGGGACCCAGCCCUGCCCCAGGACGCGGCAGACAGAGUCCUGCUGCUCGUCUUCUCCAAGGACAAGUCUCCAGGAGAGCACAGCCUCAUCAGGACAGCGGAGACCUCCAAGUACAUCAUGCGGGACAGCGGCUCGCAGGGCGCGGGGCCGCGCCGGCAGCGCAGGAACAGGAUGGAGAAGCAGAGGAUCAAAGCGAGCGAGGCCGUGCCCCGGGAGCAGCAGGGCAGGGCUCUGUGCAGGAGGGUGGACAUGGUGGUGGAUUUCGAGCAGACGGGCUGGGGCAGCUGGAUCGUGUACCCCAAGAAGUACAACGCGUACCGCUGCGAAGGGCUGUGCCCCUCGCCCGUGGACGAGUCCUUCAAGCCCACCAACCACGCCUACAUCCAGAGUUUGCUGCGGCUCUACAAGCCCAACCUGGUGCCGUGUCCCGCCUGCUCCCCAGUCAAGAUGAGCCCCCUCUCCAUGCUCUACUACGAGAAGGGUGAGAUCGUCAUCAGACACCACGAGGACAUGAUCAUCGAGGAGUGUGGCUGCAACUGAGGCCACCCUGCCACUGCUAGGAAGGUGCACAUCUCUGCCCAGAAGCGCCCCAAGGACCCAAGCCACGAGCACUGCACAGACCAGGGCGGCUCUGGAGCCCUGUGGGUUGGCACAGCCCCGGCUGGACCUGGGGAGGAGUUGGUGCCCAAGAGCACUGCACGGCCACAGCGCCUGGCUGGAUCCAGGCUCCACGUGGAAAAGGCCACCAGCCACCUCGCUGUGGCACCAGGGGCAGCUCUGGAGUGCUGGGUGCCCCGUGCUGUGCUCACCAAGGAGCUGCUGUGUCUGGGACAGAGGCAGGAGUGAGGUGCAGCACUGCGGGGGCACAGCAGCAUCGCUCCCUGCCACCACACAGCUCAGGAAAUGCUGCUUUUCCCAGCCAUGGGAAUCACCAGGGACAACAGCACCCUGCAGCUCCAGUGUCUGGUCAUGCUGAGCAUCCACACCACUGGGAUUUUCAAUCCACACUGGGGUUUAGGCAUUUCUCCUAAGAAUUCUAUUAUAUUUCUAUUAAAACUAUCAGAUUUCUAUUACAACUCAGACAAGUGAAUGUAUUACCCAAUGUCCAGAGCCCCAGCUGGCAGAUCCAGGUGGGCAGUAGUUACAAACAAGUAACCACAGCUCUGCUCAAGC